AUGGCAGCUGUUAUAGCAGAGCUGAACACCGAAGAACGCCAAGAAAGGUCGCGGCCCAUAUUGUCCAAGUUCGGACACAAGGUUAAGAGCGUCCUGAGCAAGUACAUGAAAUUUGUGGGACCAGGCCUCAUGGUAAGUGUUGCGUAUAUGGACCCAGGUAACUACUCGACUGCAGUUGACGCAGGUGCCAGAAAUCGGUUCGCGCUUCUUUUCGUGGUACUUCUGUCGAACAUCAUAGCGAUCUUUCUGCAGUCACUCUGUAUCAAAUUGGGCACGGUUACGGGGUUGGAUUUGUCGCGCGCGUGCCGCAAGUAUCUACCCCGCUGGAUGAACUGGACGCUGUACUUUUUUGCAGAAGCAGCCAUCAUAGCCACAGAUGUGGCCGAGGUGAUUGGUUCUGCUGUGGCACUUAAUAUCUUGAUCAAGGUGCCUUUGGCGGCUGGCGUGGCCAUCACUGUGGUCGACGUGCUGUUUGUCAUGAUCGCGUACAAGCCUGGCUGCUCUUCCAUGAGGUUUGUGAGGUUCUUCGAGUUCGCUGUUGCUGCCCUUGUGAUGGGUGUAUGUGUGUGCUUCUGUGUCGAGCUUGCAUUCAUCCCAAAAAUACCAGUCGGUGUUGUGAUGCGUGGCUUUGCACCUUCCAAAGAGAUGUUCCAAGGGAAUGGUAUUUACAUUGCAACUUCAAUUCUCGGUGCUACUGUGAUGCCGCAUUCUUUGUUUCUCGGCUCUGGACUGGUACAGCCCAGAUUGCUAGAGUACGAUUUACAAAAUGGGUACUAUAGCGCUGUUACGACCGAUGAGGCAGAAUCCUCUCCAGAUUCUGAUGAGAAGAAUUCAGAAGAAAAGCUGGACAAGAGAUACCAAAACUACAAACCAACGAUGGCUGCGAUAAGUUACGCAUUAAAAUAUUCCAUAUCAGAGCUGGCCAUUACCCUUUUCACGUUUGCCCUUUUCGUCAACGCAUCUAUCCUGAUUAUUUCGGGUGCCACAUUAUAUGGUUCCCCAGAGGCCGUCGACGCCGACUUGUACACUAUUCAUCACCUUUUGUCGAAAACUCUGGCCCCUAUAGCAGGUACCAUUUUCAUGUUAGCAUUGCUCAUGAGCGGUCAAUCUGCAGGUAUCGUCUGUACUAUUGCUGGUCAGAUUGUUAGUGAAGGUCAUAUUAACUGGAAGCUGAAACCAUGGAAGAGACGCGUAGCCACACGGCUUAUUUCUAUAAUUCCAUGUCUCGCAAUUUCACUCAGUAUCGGUCGCACUGCUCUUUCCAAAGCAUUAAAUGCUUCACAAGUUGUUCUUUCUUUGCUGCUUCCCUUCCUAACAGCACCAUUAAUCUAUUUUACCUGCAAAAAGUCUGUGAUGAGUGUUAGGAAAUACGGAGCCGAAGAUGGCGAUAUCUCAUCGGAUCUUGAUUCAGAGAAUGGUAGCGGAGAAACUGUUGACAUGUCCAAUAACUGGGUGACAUCCAUCAUCGCUGUCGUUGUUUGGCUCUUCAUCUCAGUUUUGAACGUCUACGCGAUAGUCCAGCUAGGCCUUUCGCAUGGCGAUAUUAGCUAG